AUGCCCGACUUCGCCCAUGUUGCUCAAGGGCAACCGCCCACCCCUGAUCGAGCCCCCAGUUUGACGCACGCAUAUUUUCUGUCCUACGACCGACACAUACGGUGCGGGUUCCGCGUCAGCCAGCGUUCGGACAAGGUGCCCAUAAGGCUGUCAGCGUGUCUGCCCACCUUCGCCCCCUUCAACAGCAGUGGUCAUGCGGCCUGGAGUCCGCUUUCCGACGCCGACGUGACUGCACACGGCUUGGGUCUGGUACGGGGCGUGGGGUCCAGUGAGGCUCUGGGCAUCAGCACCGCGUCGGCUGUCGCGUGGUCCGGGUUGAACAAGAUGCAAUGGGACUGCUUGAUGUCCCCCUCAAACCAAGUCGUACACAGCCUGUCGUACAGGCGUCGUGGCGGGAUGGGGAACUGGUGCGCUUUCUACCAACCGCAGGAGUCCAAACGGAUGAGGCCCGCCAACGGUCGAGACCCAGAGGCAGAGAGAACCAUCGGAAGGGCAAUCAAGGGGCAGGACGCUUCGGUACCGAGCGGGCAAUGGAGCAAGCGACGAGGUGGGAGGGGCGGCAUCCGAUUCGUAAAGCGGGCAACCCUCCGAGAGCAGCGAAACCCGUCCGCGGAAGCCAGGAAUGGCAGCGAAGCAAAGGAAAGGCCCGGCGGCCGCCGCGUCCAGUACGUCCAGGUAGCACGACGCCAGACCAGCCUCGGUCGGGCACGAGGCACCGCAGCCGCGGUCUCAAAAAGUGUCAACAUAGCCCAAACAACCAUCGUGGCCGCCGAGCAGCUGCCCGAUCGGAUGGGCCUGGAUGAUGCACGUCAUGCUCUGCGAGCUCGAAACGAACAUCAAAUCCAAUCCGAUCCACUCGGGACGCAAGGCAUGGAGCAUGCUGCAUUCCUGACGUGCAAGGUCGCGUAG